AUGAAUACCAAGUUUCUUAUUGACAUGGCUGAUGAUUAUAAGCAACUUUACGAAACUAAAGAAGAUUAUGAUGUGAUUAUUUAUGCCGGCGAAGAGUCUAAUGCCAAAGAAAUUCACGCUCAUUCCGUAGUUCUUCGUACCAGAUCUGCCUAUUUUCGUGGAGCUCUUGCUUCUAAUUGGGCAAUAAAAAAUGAAGAUAACGGUUGCUUUAUAUUUAAGAAGCCUAACAUUUCUCCAUCAAUUUUUGAACUUAUUCUUAAGUUUUUAUAUUUUGGCGAUGUAGACAUUAAAGAUCUAGAAGGAGAAACGAUCUUAGAUCUUUUAGUCGCCUCUGAUGAAUUUGGUCUUACGACACUUAUUGACCAUGUUCAGCAAUAUUUUAUCGAAAACCAGAAAAACUUUUUACAACAAAAUCCUGUAGGCAUGCUUCAUAUCGCUGCUCGUCAUGAAGCUUUUAAUAAGAUCGAAGAGUUUUCUUUAGAAACUAUUUGUGAAAAUCCUGAGAUUCUAUUUGAUUCAAAUAACAAAUACCUUUCAUUAGAAGAAGAUUUGUUAAUACUGAUUCUUAAGCAUGAUGGACUUAACAUGGAUGAAAGUGAAAUCUGGGAACGAGUAGUCAAAUGGGGAAUUGCUCAAAAUACGGAACUUAAUGAUGAUGUUACAAAAUUUAACUAUGAUGAUUUUGAAUUAUUGAAAAAAACAUUGCAAAGAUGUACACAAUAUAUUAGAUUUCAUGAUAUAAGUAUGCCCGAUUUUUAUCAUAAAAUAUUGCCAUGCAUGUCUAUCCUUCCAAAAAACCUAUUCGAUGACAUUUUACGCUGUUAUAUGGUUCCGGACGCAGUACCUCUUUAUAAUGCAUUUCCUUCUAGGCGUAAUAUUAACUCAAUUCUGAUUGAAAAAACCCAUUCACUGUUAUUUGCAAGUUGGAUUGAUAAAAAGAAUGAAAUUUAUAAAAAUACAUCACCUUACAAAUUUGUUCUUUUAUUCCGUGGUAGUAGAGAUGGUCUUCAAAAUAAUAUAUUUCAUCAAAAAUGUGACAACAAAGGUGCAACAAUUGUCGUGGCAAAAGUUUUAAAUUCAAAUCAACUUGUUGGUGGUUACGCUCCAAUUAAUUGGGAUAUGAGUAACCAAUGCAAGAGUUCGUCUGAUAGUUAUAUAUUUUCAUUUAGUGAUUCUAAUAAUGUGUCAAGUGCCGAAUUAGGACGCGUUUCUUCACCUUCUUAUGCAAUUUAUUGUAAUAGUAGUCAUGGACCAAAUUUUGGUGAUAGUCAAUUAAUUAUUAGCGGUAAUUAUAUUAAUUACAGAUAUAAUAAUGGUUUCAACAGUAAUAAUCAUUAUCAGAAUAUUGGUAUUUCAAAUGGUUUGCAAAUUGAAGAUUAUGAAGUAUUUCAAGUUAUUAAAAAAUGA